AUGGUGGGUUUCAAUAGCACCAGCUUCCAGCCUGCGACAUUCCAGCUGGCCGGGUUCCCAGGCCAGGAGGCGGCUUACCACUGGAUCGCCGUCCCCUUCGUUGUGUUAUACGUCACUGCCAUGGUGGGGAAUUGCCUUGUUCUCUGCAUUGUCUGGGCAGACCGGCGUCUCCACCAGCCCAUGUAUCUGUUCCUUUGCAUGUUGGCAGUCAACGACCUCGGGAUGGCUCUGUCAACCCUACCCACUGUGCUCGGCACCUUCUGCUUCCACUUCACAGACAUCGCUUUCAACGCCUGCCUGGCCCAGAUGUUUUUCAUUCACUCCUUUUCUAUGGUGGACUCAGGGAUUUUAUUGGCCAUGGCGUUCGAUCGCUUGGUAGCCAUCUGUAACCCGCUGCGCUACGCAGCCAUCCUGACCCGGCCCAGGAUCAUGAGAAUCGGGCUGGCUGUUGUGGUUAGAAACUUCAGUGUGUUGUUUCCAUUUCCUUUUCUCAUUAAACGCUUGCCGUUCUGUCGCUCCAAUGCCCUCUCCCACGCCUACUGUCUGCACCCUGACGUGAUGAAGCUGGCGUGUGCAGACAUCUCAGUCAAUGUCAGCUAUGGCUUAGCUGUUCUUCUCUUGACCUUUGUACUAGACCUCUUGCUUAUUUUCAUCUCCUACGUUGUCAUUGUGAUGACCAUCUUCAAUAUAGCCUCUGGGGGGGAACGCCUCAAGGCCCUGAACACCUGUAUCUCCCAUAUCUGUGCCGUGCUAAUAUUCUACAUCCCAAUGAUGUCCGUCUCUGUGAUACACAGGUAUGCUAGGCACACCCCUCCUCUAGUCCACUCUCUGAUGUCCAUAUUUUACCUCUUCAUACCCCCUGUGUUAAACCCCAUCAUUUAUAGCAUAAAAACCAAGGAAAUUCGAAAGAGUAUCCUCAAAAUGUUCUCUAGGUAG